CGUCAUGAACAAUUUGUUUAUAAAUAUUCCCGGGAUUUUUCACAGCGCAUGCACAGUAGUGAAGAAAAUGACGACGUAGAUAAAAAAAGAACUAGAAGAAGUGGUGUAUUUAUUUAAGUUUUACUCAAUAUCUAUACGACAUGAAUCAGAUUAAAGGAUAUGAGGAUGUAAAAUGUAAUACACUUACAACAGAUAAACAGUCUUAUGAAUUAUUUAUACGAAACCAUAAUACAAAAAUGAAUGAUGCCUGCUUCAAACAUUACAGAAUUGUAAAACUGAACAAUGGUGGCUAUUAUAUCAGUCCUAGGAGGGCAUUUCCUGUACUUUUAAAACUAAUUCAACAUUACCAAGGUGUAGGAGAUGGGUUAUGUUGUCAGCUCACUGGUCCAUGUCCUAAACUGCCAUCACUAGUCCAGUUCAGAGAAUUAGAAGUGGCCAGAGAAUCGGUCCAAUUAAUGAAAAAAAUAGGAAGUGGUUCUUUUGGUGAUGUCCAUGCAGGCAAAUGGAAAAAUACAGUUGAUGUAGCUGUAAAGAUAUUAAAACGGGGUGUUAUUACUGUAGAAGACUUUUAUUUAAAAGCCAAACUUAUGCAUGAACAUAGACAUCGUAAAUUUGUACAAUUAUUGGCUGUAUGUUCUACAACAGAACCUAUAUGGAUUAUAACAGAACUGAUGGUUAAUGGCUCGUUGUUAGAUUAUUUACGCAUAAAUAGAGAAAAAUCAAUUAAACUUCCUGUCAUAAUUGACAUGGCUGCACAGAUAGCAGAUGGUAUGGCUUAUCUAGAGACCGAGAAUAUUGUACACAGAGAUCUACGAGCAUCCAGUAUAUUUGUAGGAGAACGCAAUGAUGUGAAGGUGGGACACUUUGGUAUUGUGUAUGAGACUGAUGAGUAUAUUAAGUUCCCUAUAAAAUGGACGGCACCUGAAGCAGCUUUUGAUAGAACGUUCAGUAUAAAAUCUGAUGUGUGGUCGUAUGGUGUGUUGUUAUAUGAAUUAAUCACAUUUGGUCGUUGUCCCUAUCCAGGAAUAAAAGGAGAUGACUUGAUGAGUGAAGUCGACUCCGGAUUACGAAUGUCUAAACCAACCGAAGGACCAAUACCAUGUCCUGAUCCUUACUAUGACAUCAUGCUACAGUGUUGGAAGAAGUUGGCUGAGACCAGACCAACGUUUGCUUUCCUUCAUGGUUACUUUGAUAAUUACUUUGCUACGGUCGAAGAGUCGUACAGAGAAGCUACCUGUGAUUAAUGACAUAUCUGCCAUGAUGAUUCCUCUAUUCAGGAACAUAUCGAAAAACGGUCUUCCAAUACUUUAUAACAGUGUUCAUUGUAUAAACAAGAGUGCAAAGUACCUAAGACAAAAAUCCAUCCUUUGUGUGGAAAACCUGUUACCAACUAUCAGUUACAUAUAGUAACUCAAAAGGUGUCUAUUAUUUUUGUGUUCAAUUCUCAACAUAAUGGUUAAAUAUCUGAUCAUUCAUUUAUCUUUAAAUUUUUAAGUAAAAAAUCUUGUACAUAAAAUCAUAGAUAUUGUUUUAAGAGAUUAAAGCUAAAAGAAGAACUUUUGUAUAUUUAUCAUGAAAAUAUAUAUAAAUACUUUGAAUGUA